UUCUUAGUCGAGACAAGAGAUCCAGAUGUUCAUCAUGAUAAAGCAGACGGUGUCUCUGCUGUUGUUGAUAGCGUGUGCAGCCGCUUACCCCAAGGUGUCGAUGCUGUUCCGGGAUACACAGAACUAUGUGGGCGAGGCGCAGUGCUGCGUAGGCAUCUUCAACACGCCGCACACCUACAAGGACGUGUACAGGGUGACUGCUCUUUACCUCAGCUCCCACCUGCGCAACUUGGAGAACAACACGGUGGGCCCUAUGCAACAGGACAUCCACAUCACCAUGAGCCAGCAGACUUCCGAUGGCGUGUGGCACGUGGUCUCCGCCUACAACUACACAGAAGUCGCGGAACCCCUCCAGCUCCUGAGGAUACCCGUCGACUACACCACCAAAACACAGUCCGGGUUCAUAUUCGAGAUCUGGUACGGCGGACCUCUCACCUACCCGCGUUAUUCGCCUUACAAUAUCGCCGUUGCUCCGUACAACACCUCAUUCAACUACUUCAUUCUGGGUAUGGAUUACGAGUACCUCGGUGUUCCUGUGUGAGAGAUGACCCAUACGUGAAACGUCUUCUUUCUGUCGUCGCUGAGAAUUAUGUGCGUAUCACAACUGUGCAAAUCUGAAU